CCAAUCCCGUUGCGCCGCGGUCCGGAAAUUAUGGCGUCUCUUCACACUAUUGCUUCCAUUAUGUUCCUGUAGCGUUAGCAAGGGCUCAAGUUUAGCUCACACACACUCACCCACACGAGUUGCACUUCGUGUAGCUGGUGGCACAGCACUGUAGCUGGGAGUGCAUCUCUGAGCUAUACAAUCAUCCUGACACUUAUCUGGCCUAAGAGUUCUUGUGUUUGUCGUUGUUUUGCUGUCUUUGCAAGGUCUCCUGUAAGUAUGGCUAUGAGACAGACUCCUCUCACUUGCUCUGGUCACACCAGACCUGUUGUGGAUCUGGCGUUCAGUGGAAUAACCCCUUAUGGAUAUUUUCUUAUCAGUGCUUGUAAAGAUGGCAAACCUAUGUUGCGCCAAGGAGACACAGGGGACUGGAUCGGGACGUUCUUGGGUCACAAGGGUGCUGUCUGGGGUGCCACCUUAAAUAAAGAUGCAACAAAAGCAGCUACGGCUGCAGCAGAUUUUACAGCAAAGGUGUGGGAUGCUGUCACUGGAGAUGAGGUCCUCACCCUUGCACACAAGCACAUUGUGAAAUCUGUGAACUUCACACAGGACAGUAAUUGUCUCCUGACAGCGGGGAAUGAUAAAGUACUGCGCAUCUAUGACCUCAGCAAACCUGAAGCAGAACCCCAGGAGAUUGCAGGCCACACCUCUGCCAUAAAGAAAGCUUUAUGGUGUAACAAUGACCAACAGAUUCUCUCGGCUGCCGAUGACAAAACAAUCAGACUUUGGGACAAGAACACCAAUGAGGCAGUGAAGACUCUUUCGUUUGAUGCCUCUGUCAGCAGCAUGGAGUAUGUUCCCGACGGGGAGAUUCUCGUCAUCACUUAUGGGAGAAAUAUCGCAUUCUACAAAGCUCAUAGUCUGGAACUGAUUAAGACAGUAGAUGCCCCUGCUUCCAUUCACUCUGCCUCCCUUCACCCUGAGAAAGACUUCUUUGUUGCUGGAGGAGAUGACUUCAAACUCUACAAAUAUGACUACACUACGAAAGAGGAAAUAGAGUCAUAUAAGGGCCACUUCGGGCCUGUACACUGUGUACGGUUUAGCCCUGACGGAGAGCUUUAUGCCAGUGGCUCAGAAGAUGGAACUCUGCGUCUGUGGCAGACUGCUGUAGGGAAAACAUAUGGCUUGUGGAAGUGUGUCCUGCCUGAGGAGCUGUCAUCAGAGAACUCUGAAGCACUGUACUGCCCUCCAGCAGAGAUCAAGGCCUGAGUUUGGGGAGGAAGACAAGGCAGCAAAAGAGGUCACACGAGAGGUCAGCGGAUGGGAUGGGACAAGGAAACCACACCCCAGCAAAGUGCUGUGCCACCAACCUUCAUCACUUGAGACGACCGUAUUGCCGAGCAUGACUUGGAAUGUGGAGAACAUCAAACAUACAUACGCACAUAUUGUGGAAGUGAGCAUCAGGAGAUAGUGGUAGAGCUGAGAGCGCUGGCAUAGAUGCUAAUCCUCUAGCUGCCUGCUCUUUCUUUGAUGCCCAUGAUAAACCGGUCGGCUCCUUUGUAGCGGUCUUUUUCUACAGCACUGCGAUCACUUUGGUUAAGAUUUCAUUUUUUGUUUUGGUGUUACAUCAUGUGCUAUUAGUACAUUUGUUUCUUUUUUUAAAGGAAUGUUCAAGAGCUCAUGUUCAAUUCUAUGGCAUCCCUUGGUGGAAAUGGUCCUAAGGAACACGUUAUUCAAAUGUUAUUCAAUAGUAGUGUGAACUUGUGGUAAAUGUUUUCCCCAUGAGAGAACCCGGAUGCUGGGAAAUAUGUAAACUGCAAAUAUGUAAAGCUUAAAAGUGACUUCAGUUCUUUAAUAAUUUGUCUGUUUGCUAAAUGACAAGUUGUAUAAUUUGGCCAAUAAAAUGUUGGU